AUGACAUUACCUUCCAGACCAGGUGGCCAGGGAGCCCCGCGCCUGCUGCUUUUGCUUCUGCUCCUUGUAGCCUGGGAGGCAGGGAGCGGUCAGAUCCACUACUCGGUCCCCGAGGAGGCCAAACACGGCACCUUCGUGGGCCGCAUCGCGCAGGACCUGGGGCUGGAGCUGGCGGAGCUGGUGCCGCGCCUGUUCCGGGUGGCGUCCAAAAGCCGCGGGGACCUGCUGGAGGUAAAUCUGCAGAAUGGCGUUUUGUUUGUGAAUUCUCGGAUCGACCGGGAGGAGCUGUGCGGGCGGAACGCGGAGUGCAGCAUCCACCUGGAGGUGAUCGUGGACAGGCCGCUGCAGGUUUUCCAUGUGGAGGUGGAGGUGAAGGACGUGAACGACAACCCCCCGGUAUUUCCAGUGACACAGAAGAAUCUGUUUAUUUCCGAAACGAGGACUCUUGACUCUCGUUUUUCACUAGAGGGCGCCUCGGAUGCAGAUGUUGGGGACAAUGCUAGGCUGACAUACAGACUGAGCCCCAAUGAGUAUUUCUCACUGGAAGUACCAACGGAUGACGAGCAGGUAAAACCUCUUGGACUUGUAUUAAAAAAACCUUUGGACAGAGAAGUUACUUCGGAGCUUCUCUUGUUGCUCAAAGCAACCGAUGGGGGCAAACCUGAGCUGACAGGCACCGUAGAGUUACAUAUCAUGGUGCUGGAUGUAAAUGAUAACGCCCCGGUGUUUGGCAAAGCAGUCUAUCAUGUAAAAUUACUGGAAAAUACAAGAAACGGGACGUUGGUUAUUAGACUUAACGCUUCGGAUUUGGAUGAGGGUUCAAACAGCCACAUCCUUUAUUCCUUCACAACUGACAUCUCCCCUAACAUAGAAGCCGCUUUUUGCAUAGAUUCAGCCAGUGGAGAAAUAAAAGUAAAUGGGAAAAUAGAUUUUGAAGAAACUAAAUUAUGGAAAAUGCAGAUAGAAGCAGUUGACAAAGGCAAUCCCCCUAUGUUUGGUCACUGCACAAUCUUGAUAGAAAUAUUGGACAUCAAUGAUAAUGCUCCAGAGUUAGUGGUAACGUCACUUUCACUCCCUGUUCGAGAGAAUGCUCCUCUGGGUACCGCUAUUGCCCUAAUUAGUGUAACCGACCCUGACUCCAGUGCCAACGGAGAGGUCACCUGCUCUCUGGCGCCCGACGUCCCCUUCAAGCUGGUGUCUACGUUCAAAAAUUACUAUUCGUUGGUGCUGGACAGCGCCCUGGACCGAGAGAGAGUAUCUGCCUAUGAUCUGGUGGUGACAGCGCGGGACGGGGGCUCGCCUUCACUGUGGGCCACGGCCAGCGUGUCCGUGGAGGUGGCCGACGUGAACGACAACGCGCCGGCGUUCGCACAGCCCGAGUACACGGUGUUCGUGAAGGAGAACAACCCGCCCGGCUGCCACAUCUUCACGGUGUCGGCGCGGGACGCGGACGCGCAGGAGAACGCGCUGGUGUCCUACUCGCUGGUGGAGCGGCGGGUGGGCGAGCGUGCGCUGUCGAGCUACGUGUCGGUGCACGCGGAGAGCGGCAAGGUGUACGCGCUGCAGCCGCUGGACCACGAGGAGCUGGAGCUGCUGCAGUUCCAGGUGAGCGCGCGCGACGCUGGCGUGCCGCCUCUGGGCAGCAACGUGACGCUGCAGGUGUUCGUGCUGGACGAGAACGACAAUGUGCCCGCGCUGCUGGCGUCUCGGGCUGGAGGCUCUGGCGGUGCGGUGAGCGAGCUGGUGCCGCGGUCGGUGGGCGCGGGCCACGUGGUGACGAAGGUGCGCGCGGUGGACGCCGACUCGGGCUACAACGCGUGGCUGUCGUACGAGCUGCAGCCGGCGGCGGGCGGUGCGCGCAGCCCGUUCCGCGUGGGGCUGUACACGGGCGAGAUCAGCACGACGCGCGCCCUGGACGAGGCGGACGCUCCGCUUCAGCGCCUGCUGGUGCUGGUGAAGGACCAUGGCGAGCCGGCGCUGACGGCCACGGCCACCGUGCUGGUGUCGCUGGUGGAGAGCGGCCAGGCGCCGAAAGCCUCAUUGCGGGAGUCAGCGGGGGUCGCGGGUCCGGAGGUUGCGCUGGUAGAUGUCAACGUGUAUCUGAUCGUCGCCAUCUGUGCGGUGUCCAGCCUGUUGGUGCUGACGCUGCUGCUGUACACGGCGCUGCGGUGCUCGGCGCCGCCCACCGAGGUCGCGUGCGGACCUGGGAAGGCCACGCUGGUGUGCUCCAGCGCGGUGGGGAGCUGGUCGUACUCGCAGCAGAGGCGGCAGAGGGUGUGCUCUGGGGAGGGGCCGCCCAAGACCGACCUCAUGGCUUUUAGCCCUUGUGUUCCUCCCAGUUCCGGGUCUGGAGACAGUGGAGCCCAACAAGAGAUUUUUGAGAAUGCGAGUUCAUGA